AUGGCCUCGAAACUCUUCCCCGUUUCGCGCGCCACUCGCGCCCUGCGCCGAUUCCCUCUUCCCACCCCAUACAGAUCCUUCUCCGCCGCUCCCCAACGGUCCAGUGAUGUCUUGAUGAUCCACCGCAACAAGCCGACCAACAACCCUUCCAUCCCCUUCAAGUUUUCCGACCAGAACCUCAAGCUUGUCGAUGAGAUCCUCAAGCGCUACCCUCCCCAGUACAAGAAGGGCGCCGUCAUGCCCCUUCUGGAUCUCGGCCAGCGUCAACACGGCUUCACUAGCAUCAGCGUCAUGAACGAGGUCGCCACUUUCUACACCAUGUACAACCGCGACCCCGUCGGCAAGUACUUCUUGCAGAUCUGCACAACCACCCCUUGCCAACUCGGCGGCUGCGGCAGUGACGCCAUUGUCAAGGCCAUCAACGAGCACCUCGGCAUCACCCCCGGCCACACCACCAAGGACGGCCUCUUCACCUACAUCGAGGUCGAGUGCCUCGGCGCUUGCGUCAACGCCCCCAUGGUCCAGAUUAACGACGACUACUACGAGGAUCUGACCCCCGAGUCCAUCAAGACCCUCCUGACCGCGCUCAAGGAAGCUGCCACUACCACCGGCACAAAGGUCCCAGCCCCCGGCCCUCUGACCGGCCGCGACACCUGCGAGAACAGCGCUGGCCUGACCAACCUGAUCGAGCCCGUCUGGAACCCGGAGACUAUGAUGCGCAAGGACAACGCCCUGGACGAGCAACCGCAGCAAUAG